AUGUCACUGAGUCCGCAUUCGAAGAAACCGCAUACUUUUGCCUGUGGCGCUGACAGCAGCUCUUUUGUGAACUGGGAAUGCAUCAAACAUUCCAGUUGAAUCUUGUCAUCAGAGGCAGAUGAUUAUUGGAUUCAGAAAGAAAUAAGAUCUAGUCCACAUUAUUUACCACAUUUAUUCCUAAAACAAUAUAAUCUAUCAGAUCGUCUAGUCCAACAUGCGUCUGUUUGCAUUUCCUGUAGUCUGGACAGGGUCCGUUUGAACGCAAACACAUCUUCUUGGCCGCUGAAAACAUUGGCGGCAGCUCCAUCUUCGCCUUCUUUGACUUUGAGGUCGUCCAUGGAGAUUCGUUGGGAGUCGCUAAGUUCCACGGGCUGAUCAGAGACAAUUUGGAAGAGUUGUUGGAGCGGAGCGGCUGCCGAGAGGGCUAUGGCGAAAUGACAUUGGAACAGCUGAAAAAAUGA